AUGCAGUUUCUCUUCACAUGUGUUCUCUUUUGAUUUACAGAUUUGAUGACGAGCUAACAGGCUAAAUGCGAGAGUAGAACUGCUUAGUGUGUUAGUGGAGCUUGUGGUAUGCAGAUGAAAAUCAUAGCAGUAGAAUUCAGUUUUUACAGUGAGAUAAAGAAAAUAAGUGCGAAGGAAAUCUUUAUCUUCAGUAAUUCACGAAUUUUCACGGCUCGGUAGACGUGAUACCGAAUGUGAUAUCCGGAGACGUGUGGUGUAUAUUCGUUCCUAGCUGGAACCUUCUGGAACUGUUGGGAUACUUGAACGGAGCCGACUUUUCGGUCCAUCCCACGAAGCAAAGGGGCGUUUACGUGGUUCGUCGAUUCGAUUGUUGCAUUUUACUGGGAGGAUUACGAGACAUCGGUGGCUGAUACAGAGUGAAAUCACGCAAAACUAGUUUUGCCUUUGAAAAGACCAAAUCUUAACCGUGAUCGGAACUGGUUACGUUGGACGGACUGAAAAAGAAAAAUGGAUACUCUAACCACUGACAGUGACCUUCAGCAGGCGGAGCUGUUGUCGAUCGAGGCUCUGGUGAACGAGUUCUACCAUCCGGGAACGUCCAAUGUAAGGAAGCACACGAUCGAAGGUCAUCUGCAGCAGUUUCAGCGAAUGCCACACGCCUGGCUUCUGUGUCUGCAAAACCUCAAUCAGUUCAACAACCAAUAUUUUUGGUUCUUCAAUGUAUCGACCGUAGAGGUGACGAUCAGCCAACGGUGGCUGUCGCUGGAGGAAUCGCGAAGGAAUCAGAUCAGAGAUGCGUUGUGGUCAACUUAUGCGGGAUUCUCGCAAGACAUUCCGGGGCUGCAGCGCGAUAAAAUUGCCCAGCUGGUGGCUUUGGUUGGUAAACGGCAGUUUCCCGAAGAACACCCCGAUUACAUGAAUCAGGUGCUGGAACUGCUCAAAAGUAAAUUCACCCUCGGUAUAACGUUACUUCGAGCAACAUCGGAUGAAAUCACCAGCACGAAAGCGGACAUCACAAGCGAACGGCAGAAGUAUCUGACCUACUGUGUCUCGAUGUACCUCCCGUCGGUGUUCGAUAUAUUGGAAAAAUAUGCUGAACUGUGUAUCACCCGGACCACCAACUGUAAAAAUGGGAUAAGCUUGGCUCAUCUUCCGGCGCCUUUUGGAGAGGAUUCCCGUUUGGAACAGGCAACAACGGAUUUGCUGAUAUGUGUACAACAAAUCUUCUCCUGGGCCCCGCUGGACAACAUCACAUCGCCAAAGUUCUUCCAAAGUCUUUUUAUGCUGGCACUUUGGAACAAUUCCUACAAAGAUAUUUCCAUAUCAGCACUGACUACCAUUUCGGAGUUAUUCUAUCGCCAGAAACCGUUGCCUCAACCGACAGUAAUUGCCACCGGUGUGCUCGAUUUGCUGCAGCCUUCAAAUAUGUCUAUAUUGUUGAAGUUGUCCAACGAGCUGUACCAGGAUAAACUGACCGAACUGCUGCGGUUGUUCACUACGCAGCAGUGGGCAAAGUGGAGCAAAGAUCCACAUUUUCCAGCCAUGAGCUACUUGAAUGCUCUGUUUCAGUACACAUUUUUCGGAUUUGGGGCACUAGCGUUCACUGAGCGACUUGCUAUUUGGACUCCGAUCAUACAAGGUAUAGUUCCGGGUGAGAAUGGCCUCGCCAAUAAGCACAUUGAUAAGCUGGUUGCACUGGCCUCCGGGACGGUGAAACGGAUGUUGUUCCAGUACGAUUACGAUCAGCUGUUAGAUAUGUUCGAUAACGAGGAGUUGGACGACGAGAACGAAACAGAACUGCAACAUUUCUUCAAUCAAUGCAUCGAUACAAUUGCACUGAUUGCCGAAGUCGAUCCGACUCGAGUGUACGAUGCAGUAUUUGGAGAGUUUUCAUCCAACGCCAGUAGCCCGUAUGCCGAGGUGCUCUCAACGGUUGGUUUGCUACGGAAUGGUGUCAAUCUAAACACACCGCCAUCAAUCCCGCUGGAUGAGGAUGAACGCAGUGGGUUACGUUGCAAGUUCCGUGAUUUCAUUUCCCUGUGCCAAAUAAUUACCCGGAUUAGUCCGGCGUUACACGAACGGUCUGAACGAAUGAGCAUUUCAAUCUUAUGUUUGAUUCGAUCGUUGAUCAAAUUGGUCGAUCUAGUUUCCAGUGCUACGGGAGAUCCAUUGGAAUAUUUUUUCGCUCAUUCGAGCUCGCUGGCCGGUGAACUUGCAGAAGUAUUCGGUCAAACUCUAAUCACACUGCGGAGUCUUCUGCUCGUAGCGCACAUUCCAAUAGAGGAGGACGAAAUGAUAGAUUUUGUGGGAAGCAUUCCGAGGUUCCUGUUGCCUGUGCAGAAAGUCAAGCGAGACCAGCUGAAAACGUUGUCCAGUGCAGCUGCCCAGCUUCUUCUAAGUGUCAGCGGCAAUUUGCGACCGAAAUACCUCGUACAAUUCAUAAAACCAUUGGUCCACAGUGACCUACGCCAUCUGGAGCGACCGACGGCGCUUAUCGUGCGACGAGCUAUAUGCAAUUGCUUCGUUCUGCCAUGGGCUAGAUGCUCUACUGAAGAACAAAACUUCGAGGGACGGGGAGCGCUUCUUCAGGAAUAUAUUGCAUUUAUUGCUGGUGAUUUGACUAGGUUAGAUUUGGGGCAUAGCUUCGGUACUAUCGAUUCCGCAUUGGAUUACGGUCAAGAGGAGAAGAUCGUUUCGGUUGCCACCUCCGUUCUGACUACGCUGCGAGAUCUGCUGGAUUUCUAUCAGGAGCAAAGUAGUUCCGUCAAGCAGAUGCUAGCUACCGCUUAUAGACCUGUGAUAGAGAAAACUCUCACCAUUUAUAGUGCUGCCAACAGUAGAAAUUGUUUGCUAAUUGAGCAAAUUUUCGAUUUCUCUUUAGGAAUCAUUCGAACGCUACAGAUUCAGCUUGGUCAAAUGUUUCUCAAAAGCAUAAUCCAACUUUUCCUGGAGAAAACCAAAGCUGAACAAAUCACCACACAGCGGUACCGUUCGUUAAACAUUCUGCUGAAAAUUUUUCUGCUCAUCGUGGAACAGCCGGGACAUGCAUCGUUGCUACCCGACAUUCUAACCUUCUCGAUCGAACACGUACUACCGUUAGUUUUUUGUCCCGAUCACACAAGUAAGAGCGAACAGAGUGAUCACGCCGAUUUCAGUUUGUCACUGUACAUGCUGUUCAAUGGAAUUCUGCUACAACGUUGGCAAUACUUUUACAAAUCUAGCGUACUAAAGCAAAUAUCCCACACUGCCACAGGUGAGAUCGUGCAGCAUCAGUCAACGUUGGAACACUCCGACCAAUUUGCUGCCAUAAUGAAUGCAUACGGACAGGCGAUUGUAUGCUCGAACGAUCCUCACAUCACACGUGCCACGCUUCAGUCCCUACAGGUACUGAACGAAAGAUGGAAAUUGUACCAGAGGGAAUUCUUUUGCAAUAACCUACUGCAAUCGUUCGAGGCGGCCAUCAUCAAGGCUCUGGUCGCACCGGAGGGUAUCUUGCACUACGAUCUCUUCCUGGCCGUUCUGUACAGUAUGGGUGAAGUAGGGAUGAAACGGUUACAUGAAACCUUUAUCGGGAUCGGGUUUUCGGCCGAUUCACUACAGGUGGAGGAAGUCUGCAUGGCAACGGACUAUCCUACAUUCGCGCAUCGAAUGAAUCAGCUUGUGCAAGAUACCAAAUGUGGACAGCUGAAUGAGUUAGUUUAAUCGAACCGGUGCACGAAUCCACAUCAUCAACCAUCAGGGAGCAGUCGAAAUCAAACAAACAUCGGUCUCAGUACUUUUCACUAUCAAUUUACUUUCUACAUUCACUCACACCCAAACACACACACCACACCCUUUCUCCAGCUUGCGUUUCGAUCGUCUCAAAUGGUCUCAAAACACACUGACCCAAAUCAGAUUUGCAGGAUUCGGUUGAAACGCGUGGGGCAGAACUGAAAUUCACGAUAAUUCCAUAUGUCACUAACACUAGAACCUAGUAAAAAGGAAAUAAGCAACCAACGAGUUGAGGUAGGAUAAUCAAAUUUUAAAUAUACCGCACAACAAGUACGCCAGAGUCGCUUUUGGUGAGCUGUUUA